CUCCAUUGCUCCUUCACGCGCCGCGACUGAUAAAUCCAUUUAGUUACCAGAACUUAACUUUUUAUUUACUUUCGCAAACCUUCAAUCUACCCUAGGUACAAAGCACUUGUCUACACACAUGUGCAUUGCGCAUGCAACUGGUCUCUUUCAUCCACUAACCUUCCAACCUCCAAACGCAAACGCAAACUAUUAAAUCAAUUCCCGGCAACACAAAACCCAAUCCCAACUUCACUUAUCAUCACAUUGGUAUUCCGACAAUAUGUCUUCCAAGAAGGCUGACGAGAAGAAGGAGCCGGGCAACAACGGCGCCGAUGAGUUGUCCAACUUGAUCGAGGACCUCCUGAACACGUUGUCCACCAAGUUCGAUGGAGUCUCUAACGAGAUAUUCUCUAAGAUGGAUGAGAUGGCUAAGCGCAUCGACAACCUCGAGUCCUCCCUUCGAGCCGGCGACGACCCCUCUAACAGCUCUCCAUCGAAAUCCUAGUGAAUGCAUAAUGCAUACUACCUAGGUACACAAAGGGAGGAAAUACGGUGGUAAUCAUUCUGAGCAUUGCAUGGCGUCACGGAGGUUUAGGGGAGUUCGGAAGUAACACAUGGAACAUGCAUGACCAGGACUGAGUAAC